AUGAGCAUGCUAGGGAAUUUGCAAGAAAUGUCCAUGCCUCUUGCCGCUACCACCGUUCUUGGUGGUGUCUCCUUGGUCUUGCUCUUCUUUUUCUUGAAAGGAUCCAAAUACACCCGGAAAAAUAAGGGCAGCUCUGAACUCGCAUCACUGCCCAAGGUUCGAGGGCUGCCGAUAGUGGGCAAUUUGCUUCAACUGAAGGAAAAGAAGCCUCUCAAGGCGUUCAAGAAGUGGGCUGAGAUUUAUGGCCCCAUCCAUUCCAUUAGAACCGGUGCUUCAACCGCGGUUGUUCUCAAUUCUGCUGAUCUUGCAAAGGAAGCCAUGGUCACUAGAUAUUCAUCAAUCUCUACGAGAAAUCUAUCGAGUGCUCUGCAGAUUCUCACGGCCAAUAGAUGUAUGGUGGCCACAAGCGACUGCAAUGAGUUCUACAAAAUUGCUAAGCGAUACAUUCUUGCGGGUGUUCUGGGUGCAAAUGCGCAGAAAAGACUGCGUCGCCAUCAGGACACCAUGAUAAAAAAUCUCUCCAUAGAACUACAUGCUCGUGUGAACAGCAACCCCCUUGAAGCUGUCAAUUUCAGGAAAGUCUUCGAGAAUCAGAACUUCGUGUUAGCACUCAAAGAAGUUCUGGGAAGAGAAGUGAAAUCCAUCUACGUAGACGAACUCGAAGCCACGUUGUCCAAGGAGGAAAUAUACAAGGCCUUGGUGACGGACAUAAUUGCAGGCGCAAUAGAAGUGGAUUGGAGGGAUUUCUUUCCUUAUUUGAGAUGGAUACCGAAUAAGCAAUGGGAAAAGAAGAUCCGGGCAGUGUCGCUCUGCAGGAACAUAGUAACGAAGGCCAUGAUCAGGGAGCAAAAACAGCAGAUUGCUUCAGGAGAGGAAUCGGAUGCUUAUAUAGAUUUCUUGAUAUCUGAAGGGACGACACUGACCGAGGAACAAAUCGCCAUUUUGCUUUGGGAGGCGAUCAUCGAGACCACGGAUAGCACUACAGUUCUAACAGAGUGGGCCCUGUACGAGCUCGCUAAAGACGCAAAGCGGCAGAAUCAGCUCUAUGAGGAGAUUGAAGAAGUGUGUGGCUCAGAAAGAGUCACGGAGGACCACUUGUCGCAGCUUCCGUAUCUUGCGGCUGUAUUCCAUGAAACCCUGAGGAAGUAUAGUCCCGUGCCUGUAGUCCCUUUGCGCUAUGUGCAUGAAGAUACCCAAUUAGGAGGUUAUUUUGUUCCAGCUGGAAGCCGGAUUGCCAUAAACAUUUACGGGUGUAACAUGGACAAACAACAUUGGGAGGAUCCUGAAAAUUGGACGCCCGAGAGAUUUCUUGAUGAGAGGUACGACCUUGCGGACUUGUACAAGACAAUGUCAUUCAGGGCAGGGAAGAGGGCAUGUGCCGGAGCAUGCCAGGUCAUGUUGGUAUAUUGCACAGCAAUUGGCAGAUUAGUGCAGGAAUUCGAAUGGCGAGUUAGAGAUGAUGAGCGAGAGAAUGUCGAUAUGGAUGGCCUAACUACGCAUAAGCUCCACCCGAUGCAAGCAAUGCUAAAGCUGAGAGGUGACUGGUUCGAAGUGGAAGAAAUCAUAGUAGAGACUGAAGUUGAUCUUAAUCCUGGGCAAUGUUUUUGCUGCAUCCUCUUUGGCUUCUAA